AUGAAUAAAUUUAGUAGAGAAGCUGGAGAAGUUGUAUUAUUAAGAGCAAUUACAAAAUAUUCAUCACAACAAGGUACAUUAUUUUUUACAAGUUUAAGAUUAGUAUGGGUACAAAGUGGAUAUAGUGAACCAAGUUUACAUUUACAUAUUUCAGAGAUUAAAAAUCAAUUCAUUAGUACACCAAAGAGUGCUAAAGCGUUAUUACGUUUAUCAGUACGUGAUAGUAUAAAGAAUGCACUUCAAGAGUUUGUAUUUGAAUUUACACAUCCAACCAAUGCAAGAUCAGAUCUCAAUAGUUUUAGAGAUAAAAUAGCGGCAACUGCAAAUUUAACAGCACCAACUCUACCAGUGUCAGCCUCCAAUGGAUCAAAUACAACCUCACCAACAAAUGGUACAUCACCAAUAAAUGGUACAUCACCAACUAUGACUGGUUUAAAAGUGAAUCCUGACGGUACAAUUACCAAUGACCCAUUAUCAUCACAACCAGCACAAGUCGAAGAAAAAGCGGAAACUAAAUAUUUAUCAAAAUUAAAACAACCAUCAUUAUCAGAACAACAAAUUAAACAACGUGUUAUACUAUUACAAUCUAAUAAAGAGUUGAGAGAGCUCUAUGAACAAAUGGUAAAUAAAGAUAGAGUUAUCAGUGAAUCUGAUUUUUGGGAAUCACGUAAAUCAAUGUUAAAAAAUGACUCUACAAGAUCAGAGAAACAACAUACUGGUAUGCCAAGUAAUCUAUUAGCAGAUGUCAGACCAUCCUCUGAAACACCAAAUGCAGUACACUAUAGAUUCACUCCAACUGUAAUUCAUCAAAUUUUCAUUCAACAUCCAUCAGUUGAAAAAGCAUACAAAGCAAAUGUACCCUUAAAAAUAUCAGAACAAAACUUUUGGAAGAAAUAUGUUCAAUCAAAAUACUUCUAUCGUGAUCGUUCAUCUGCAAAUGCACCACCAGUUGAUGAUGAUCUAUUUUCAAAGUAUGAAACUGAUGAACAAAAUAAAAUUAGAAUUUUAAAAAGAAAACUUAUAGAUAUCAAUCCAUUGGUUGAUUUAUCUUCAACUGAUGGUUUUGAUACUGAUGUUCAUAGUGGCUAUGGUGUAUUAUUAGAUCAAUCUCAAGAUCCAAAUAAAUUAGAAAAAGCAUUACCAUUAUUACGUAAAUUUAAUAGACAUUCUGCUUUAGUUUUAGGUUCAAAAGAUUUAUUAACAAAUAAUUCAAUUAAUAUUGAAAAAGAUCAAAAAAAUUUAAAAAAAACUAAAAAAGAUGAAAAUUCAACAUCAACACCAACAACAACAACAACAACAACAAAUACUACUAAUACUACCAAUACUACUACUACUACUACUACAAAUAAUACUACAAUAAAAGAUCCAAAUUUAUAUAAUGGAGAUGAUGAAGAAAAUAUAAGUGUUGAACAAAUGGAAAAAAUUUUAGAAAAUCAUAAAAAAUUAGUAAAUCAACAUAUUAUAAUUGAUGAUUUACAAGAAGAGAAUUCUCAAACUUUAACACUUUUAAAAAUUUCAGAUCAAAAACGUUAUUUUGAAGGUCAUUCAACAAAUAAUAUUCUAAGUGAUAAAGAGAAAUCACAAUUAAUUGAUAUACUUGAUUUUGAUUAUAAAAAUUGGCAACCAAAUUUACCUCAAGUAUUUUAUCAAACUCAUUCAUCAUCAUCAAUAUUACAAGAACCAAAUAUAUCAGUUCAUUCAGAAAUAUUUGAACCAUAUAAUAAAGCAGCUAUAAAUUCAAAAGAAGAAUAUAAUUUACCAGAAUCCUCAUUUAAGAGAGAUUUAUUUCAAUCAUUUCAUCAUUGUAAUGAAUUAUUAAGACAUUUUUGGGCAACAACUUUUACUUUAGGUAGAGGUGCUCCACCAACUUCACAACAAAUCGAUAAAAAUAAUAAAAUAUCCUCUGCAAUAGCUUUACAAUAUGAUAAAAUUGAAGAAAAAAAGAAAAUGUUAAUUAGUCAAAAUAAAGUUAACCAAUCUUCAUUAUUCACUCCAAUUUUAGAAUCACUUCAUAAAGCAAUUGAAAAGAAAGAAUCUCAAACUAAUCAAUAUACUUUUAAAAAUAAUAAUAAUAAUUUUCAUACAAUUUCUUAA